GGAGAUGACGUCAGUGUCUUGACCUUCACACUUUGCUCGUCACUCUCCCUCUCUCGCGCUCUCGACUUCCUGCUUCCGGUUGUGUGAGCUCGGUCCAAACAGAAGCAGUUUCUCCAGCAUCAUGAGUCAGCGGACGGAGCGACGGGGCAUACAUGUGGACCAAUCAGACCUGCUGUGCAAAAAGGGAUGCGGUUACUACGGCAACGCAGCUUGGCAGGGUCUGUGCUCCAAGUGCUGGAGGGAGGAGUACCAGAGGGUUCGGCAGAAACAGAUCCAGGAUGACUGGGCUUUGGCGGAAAAGUUGCAACGAGAGGAGGAUGCGGCGUACGCGAGUAGCCAUGGAGCUCAGCCGCAGCCCCAGGGCCAGUCCUCGGCACCACACCCAGGACACGCCUCUCUGGGCCCCUUCUCCAAGUUUGAGGAGAAGAAAACGAACGAGAAGACGCGAAAAGUGACCACGGUGAAGAAGUUCUUCAGCCCCUCAUCACGCACUCCUCCCAAGAAAGAAACCCAAGAGGGCAAAACACCCAGUCCGUCCAUUAGCCGCCACAGCAGCUUUGAAACGGACCAAGUGUCCAAGGAAUUUGUGGACUUCUUGAAAAACCUGCAGCGGCCCGGCCGGGAGAUCCAUAAGCAGUGCCGCGCCUUCAUCGUGAACAUGUCCAGCAAGAAGGAUCUCAGUGCUGAAGAACUCUCAGAGUGCGUUCAGGAUUUCUACCAGAACAUGGCCGACCGCCUGAUGAGUCAUUAUAAAGGCUCAUCAGAGUCCGUGGAGCAGGUGAUGGACCAGGUGGAGAAGUACAUCAUGACCCGUCUUUAUAAAGGCGUCUUCUGUCCAGAAACCAGCGACGACGAGAGGAAGGAUCUGGUCACACAGAACCGGAUACGGGCUUUGCACUGGGUGACCAUCCAGAUGCUGUGUGUGUCCAUGGAUGAAGAAAUCCCUGAAGUGUCGGAGAAUGUGGUCAAAGCAAUAACAGAUGUGAUAGAGAUGGACUCUAAGAGGGUUCCCCGGGACAAACUGGCGUGCAUCACGCGCUGCAGCAAACACAUCUUCAGCGCGAUAAGGAUCACGAAGAACGAGCCGGCGUCGGCCGACGACUUCCUCCCCGCGCUCAUUUACAUCGUGCUCAAGGCCAAUCCUCCGCGGCUUCAGUCCAACAUCCAGUACAUCACACGCUUCUGUAACCCGAGCAGACUGAUGACCGGAGAGGACGGAUACUACUUCACUAACCUGUGCUGUGCGACCGCCUUCAUUGAGAAGUUGGACGCUCAGUCUCUAAAUCUGUCCCCGGAGGAGUUUGAGCGUUACAUGUCGGGACAAGCGUCGCCACGUCUCCACAGCUCAGAGGGCGACUGGGCCCUCGCCGGCUCCGCCCCCGAUGCGACCGCCACUGCCACCACCAACCCGGUCCUGGUUCAGCUCAAUCAGAACCUGGAGCUGCUGUCGGGCCUCAUCAGCAAACAGGAGCGCGUGACGGAGGCGGCGCAGAGCCUGCAGGCCGACCUCCUCUCCUGGCCUCAGAGCGUGGAGCGCGAGGUUCAUGGUGUGCUGGAGAAAUACCCGCUGGAGAUCGCGCCCCGCAUCGUUUCUGCCAUCGACGCCAACAACGUGGACAACGACAACCUCCCGCCACCGCUCACACCACAGGUGUUUGCUGGGUAACGGAGUCGUCACUUUACGCUCAUGUGAGUUUGGCGUCUGCGUCCCACAAAAAUGUCUCCACUAUGCCAAAAACCACUCCACACUUUAACACACUGCAUAAUACUGUAAAUAUCUCCACUUGUGGAAUCUAGUCGUUGUGUAUUUGGUAGAUGGAGUCACAGCUGCUUUUCAAACGCUGACAUUUCACAGUUUGAGUCCAUUUAUUUCAAUAAAGUCACAGCGAUCAGCGGUGGAUUUGAUCCCCGGGAGAGAAUCAUGUACAUUUCAACUGUAGUGGAAUUAUGGCAGCGGCCCAUGUGCAGUAAAGUCAUCGCAUCAUAACCGAUAAAUUAGUUUUCCCCUGUUCUACAUUCUACAUACAUUCAAUGACGUAUCUUUUUACAAUUUCAACAUUAUGAUGUGACAGAUCACAGUGGAUCCAUGAAGUCACAGAGAAAAAUAUACAAUUUCACAUGAAGAUUAGAUUCUAAUCAUAGUGGGAAAUUUUAACAAUUUCAUCCUGUGGGGCCGGUUCUGGCCCACGGGCCAUAUGUUUGACACCCCUGAACUAUGGUAUGGAACCUGACGACGGCGUCGUCUUCUCAUGAAUGAUAUCAAUAUUAUAUAGAAGUUAUAUAAUAAGGGAUAUAGUGAAAAGAAGCAGCACUAACCUAACUUUUACUCACCAGCUGUAACAUUUCAUCAACUCUGUGUGCGUGUGUGUGUGUGUGCGUGUGUGCGUGUGUGUGCGUGCGUGUGUGUGUGCGUUUUAUCAGAGCUGCAACUAACUAUUAUUUUCUCGAUUCAUCGAGUCAUCGCUUGGUCCAUGACAUGUCAGAAAACGUUUUUGUCCACAAACUAAAAAUAACUCUGUUUUUAAUGAUUUCUUUGUUUUCAUGGAGCAAAGAAAAGAAGAAAAUAUUCACAUUUAAGAAGCUGAAACGAUCAGAAUUCUUGUUUUAAAAAUGAAAAAAGCCUCAAACCGACAAAUCGAUGAUGAAAAUAGUUGACGACUCAUUGAGUAAUCGAUUCAUCGAGUAGUUGUUUCAGCUCUAGUUAUUAUCAUUAUUAUUAUUAUUAUCAUUAUUAUUUUCAUGACGUGACGGUAAAACAGAAUGCAUCCAUUUCAUUUCAGUGCAAACAACAACACAGCGUAUAAGAGCAGAACGUGUUUCCCUCGUCAGACGCUUAAAUGAACUGCUUUGGCUUUUGCUGUUUGUUUCUUUUGUUUUUUUUAAGUGUGUGUUUUGAUUUGAAUUUCAACAAAUGAACUUGAAUCUUAACCUUUUUGUUUUUUUUUUAGAAAACACACACACUACGUUUAACAUUUGAACAUUAACUGUGUUUUAGAAUUGUCUUAUUUUCUCUCUGUCAGGAUUCAGUGUUAACAACUAUUACAUGUUAUUCUAUAAAUAUAAUAAUGUAUUUAAUGAAAUACUAAGUUUGUGAUUGUGUGAUGUGAUGAAACACUAGACUGUAAAUAAUAAAUAAUAUCACUGCAAACAUAAUCCAGACUAUCAGCAGAAAUUAAUCCUGUUAAAUUUCAUCACUAACUUGUUUUUUUUGGAUUGUUUUUUUUUUUCUUCUAUAAAUGUAAAAAUACUGUUAAAGGAUGGUUUUAUAUUAUUUUAUCAUUCAUUUAAAGUGCCCUAAAUAAAGACUCUAGACUAAAGAUUCACACUGUUCACAAAUUUUAAUCUCAGAAUUCUGGACCUGACUGUUUUUAUUAAUCUGGAAGAAGACAAUGAAACUAUAAUCCACAGAAACCAUGUGAGCUAAUCUGGGCGUCGUAACCUAAACAUAAAUAAAUGAUGGGUUUUAUUCUUUUCAUUAGAAUUUAAAGCAGAAGCCUCAAACUUGUUCACAAAUAUGACAAAAAUAAUGUUUUCUGGUUGUGUUUGAUUAAAGAUUAAAAAUUAAACUGAAAUAAAUACUGUAUGAUGCAAUAUAAAGUGUGUGAAUGCAACUCACUGUUGGAAAACGAUGAAGUGUUGUAUUUUUCAUUUGAAGUAAAAUAUGACGGUGAAAUUAAACGUUGAACUCUU